AUGGAAUCUCAAGUCAGUACUAUCCCGGGCUUCGAUCCGCCAACAAAAAUUUUACCGACCACAACUUAUUCCGCAACAGUUUCAGAACAAACACCUGAUAAUACGAAUAGCGCAACCGGCGAUGUAAAUAAUGGACCGUUAAGUAGUCCUACAAAUCCUAUUACUUCUCCUACUCCAAUAAGCAGUGGAUCAAGUAAGCAGUAUCAAAUUUCAAUGUUUGAAGAAAUUUCGCUAGGUGUUAUUACUUUUGUUUUUAUCGUAAUCAGUAAUAAUUUAAUGAACUUUUAA